GCGGUUACAUUAGUUUGUAAAAGAAAGACACGACUUGGCCAUAUGCAGGGUGUGCUUGCAAGGUGUAUAUCUUUAAAAGGAACAAAUAAAAAGAUUUUGAGUUUAACCAUUUGAUAAAUUAAAUCGCUGUCACGCAAAUCUAAUGAAUGGGUUAUUAAGUCAGAAAACUAGUCAAACGUUAUCAUCAAGUAGUGCCUCAUUCUGGUGUUAGUGAAGCGAAGAGGAUCCUUAAAGUAGAAAGUGUUCAUACGAGUACAACCGUGUAUUCUUAUCGUAACCAAGCUUUUCCCCUUUUCUCUCUCCAUCCUACAUCAGCACGAAAAACAGCAGCAACAGCUUUUGCACAUCACAAAUAUUUAAUAUCCGUCGCGAUUACAGUUUUGAGCCGCUGUUAGUUUCCAUAGCCAACGAGAAAGAGAAUUACAGAGAGAGGUGAGCAUUGAACAACACCUCUCCAUGUGACGCAGCACAAGAGCCACGCAGGCCCAUGUUCACUACUGAUACUCUCCCUUCCUUUACUUCUUUACGUCCUCCACGCCCUCACUUCGUGCCCAGACAGUCAGGCCCGCUACCUCUCUCAUCCACACCUUCCCCCAUCCCCCAGCGUGUCAUUCUUACGUAUACGUUCCGUCACGUUCCCUGCCCCUUCAUCUACUCAUUCCCACCCCCCAUCCUCCAUGCUCCAUCAUUCCCUCCCCCCAACCACCACCAUCCCCUUCACACCGGCGACAGUGUCCGUUGACGUUGGUAUUGCUUUCCAAUAGAGAGAUGAUUGUCGGUGGAAAAUGUGGGAAACUUCAGUGUCCAAUGACGAUGGAAUUUCAAUGGCUUUUGUGUAUGUCGUUAUUGGUUGUGUUUCACGAGAUGGCGGGAACGACACGGAGCAACUAGAACACCGUUGAGGGAGACAAAUGCCCUCUAAGGAUGUCGAGUGAAAGAGAGAGCAUCUAGAACGUGGUUGAGAGAGAUUAAUGGUCCGUAGUACACAUACCUGUGGCUGCAGGAAGGGGGAACAUUUCGAAUAUCGUUGAGAAAGACUAAUGCUCCACAGGGGUUAAGGUGAACAGAGGGAACAUCCAAAACUGUUUGAGGGAGACAGAUGCUACGUGCUAUAUCACCCCAGUCAAAGGAAGGAGCAUUUAGAGCCCGCUCGAUGCACAACAACAUUCGCAAUGCCUUAGACGGAAAGAGUAAGAUAUUGGAGCGCCAUUUUGAGAUAGAUUCAAUUUUGCAAAAUAGUCUCAGGGCGUCUAGGCAUGAGCGAGAGAGAGAGAGAGAGAGAGAGAGAGAGAGAGAGAGAGAGAGAGAGAGAGAGAGAGAGAGAGAGAGAGAGAGAGAGAGAAUGAAGGCAUGUUGGCACACCAUGGUCAAACUCAGGAGGUCCUAUGGAAUAUUUGGAGGUUCACGUGAGAGUUGGUUGUGUGAGAUGACGUGAGGUGGUGCGGGCGUGUGAAGUACAGUGCUGCAGCGAGGUGAGGUGAUGAUGGUGGUGCUUUGGACGCUGAGGGUGUGCUUAUGUUUACCACUGAAAUGUGUGUGUCUGUGUGUGUGUGUGUGUGUGUGUGUGUGACGGUAGUUGAAGAAUACCGCAGUGUAUGUCUGCAAAAUAAUGUAAUGAUGAUGCUGUAAUGCACUGCUUUGUUAAUUAAAGCGGCAGGUGUUCCCUACUCUCAUUAUCACCUGCCGGUCUCUUCCGGGAAAAGGGAAUAUUUUUAUUAAUUUAUUUUUUCUUAUUUUUUUUAUAUAUAUAUUUUUUUUAUUUUUUACAGAAUUGAAAGCUGAAUUUUUGUUCUUUACUAUUAUAUGCGUAUGUUUACACCGGACUGAAGAGCACUCUGUACCCAGCAGAUCCAGUCAGCGUAGGAAUCAGAGUCGCUCUUAACUCACUAAUUAGAAGAGUCACCGUGUCGUGUAGUCUCAGCCACCUCACACAUGAACAAACAUGUCUAGAGCCUACAAGCUGUGGAUCUUCCCGGGACCACAGAGCGUUAUCCAGCGCUAUGUUUAACGUGUGCAAGGGGUUAUGCCCUUUAGGAGAGAUUACGUGUAGGCGAGCCUAACACUGCGGUCUGUGAAAGGUUGGGCAAAAGUUUUAUUCUCACUCAUAUGUUCAAGUGCACAAGAAGGCUUUGAAGUCCUUGUGUGUGUGUGUGUGUGUGUGUGUGUGUGUGUGUGUGUGUGUGUGUGUGUGUGUGUGUGUGUGUGUGUGUUUGUGUGUGUUUUACUUGUUGAUGUGUUAUGGUAUGAUGUUCUUUUUUUUAUUUAUUUAUUUAUUUUUUUACAAACUAUACGUAUAGGAUUGAGUCAAACACAUGAUAUCCCUUAUCUACUGAUAGUACUUUGUCAUACAUGUCUUGAUGUAUGUCUUCUUGACAUACGAGUAUAGAGUAUCUUCUGGUAAAAGUAAACUGUUCCUUGAAGUGAUAGGUCGACUAAGAAUGUCGUUUAUAUUAUUUGCUUUUUUCUAUCCCUUAUAGUCAUUUUCGAGUACAACGUUUAUGUCAUUUUCAUGACAUCCCUAUCACAUUGUCAAUUUUCUUCUUGCACUUCAUUAUGGGAAGAUUUAAUUUCCUCAGCCUAUCGUUGUAGCUUCUGGCUCUCGAAUUCGGCACAUCUCGUACUUACUUGUUGCAUUCCACAAUUUUUCGUCUUUUUAACAUAUAACAAUUGUAGGCUCCAGACAACAAUGAUAGUGAGUGUGUGUGUGUGUGUGUGUGUGUGUGUGUGUGUGUGUGUGUGUGUGUGUGUGUGUGUGUGUGUGUGUGAGUUGGCGAGAUAUUAGUACACGAGCUGCUCUGUGUCGCACCCACCACCCCCCGUCCCUCGUCCGUCAUCAAGCGGGGUCUCGAUCGUUUGCUUUCCCUGAUAUGAUUCUGGGUUGAAGGUCUGUGUGUGCCACUCUUUCCACACCUGGAUGACGCUCUGGCUCGCUGCCGGAAAUCUCUUAGGCGGCGUAAAAGACUGAUCGCUUUUCCUCUUCAGCGGACGGUUCAAAGCCUCCACUGCAUAAGCGGUAGUUUGUGUGGAAUGAAAAAGUUUCCUUUGUUGGUGUUGCGUGUUGAGUGCGGCGCGGUAGCGAUGGGGUAAAGGCGACUCCCCAUCACUGGCCCCUCUCUCUUUCCUAAAAGUGUGCAUCGCGGUCAUCAAGAGGGAAGGGAGGGAGUGUGGCGCGGGCUUGGGGGCGCUUGCCACCACCACUUUCCUUAACUCGGUCAUGACGGAAAUUUAGUAAUGUUGCGUUUAAAUUUUUUAACUAUAAAUACAUUGAAAAUAACCCACUAACUGGGUGGAGACUAAUGACACUCGCUAGGGAACGUUGAACUUGGGAGGAACUUCAGCAGUCUCUCGCCGCCAUUACGUUACUGAAACACCUUGGCCCAGCGCUGGUCCCAAGGCGUGGACGCAUUGCUGGAGUACUGUGUGAGCCGCAGGUGUCCGUUAUGAACACAGCAGGGAGGAGCUCCGGCUCAUCAUGAACCUUGGCCGCCGAACGCCCCUGUACUCGCUGGCCGAGGACAGGGAAGAGACCGUGUACAUGCUGGACGAGGACCCGCCUGAUGACGAGCAAGAUCGAUCCCGGCCCUGGUGGAAGAGCUGGAAUCGGAAAUACGUGUUGUUGUGUGGAACCUGCGGAGCCUCGGCCGUCCUGUUGGGCACCUUCUACCUCAUUAUCUACUUCGUGCUCAGGUCCUACACGUCGUCGCUUCAAUACUUCGAGACUAUACCCACCUACGUGCCCGCUUCCGUGUUGAUCCUGACGGGCCUGUUGGUGUUGUGCUUCGUGAGGCGGAAGAACAGAUACUCCUACUUGAUCAAAGUUAGCGGGUGUCUGUGCCUGGUGUGUGCCGUGCUCUGCGUCGUCGUCACCGUCACCACCACGGUCCUUCACAUGAACCGCCUACAAACUCUUCACGAGUGCGAGUUCUUCCCGCACUCACAGUCGUGUACUUGCACGCCCUACACCGGCGUGCACGACCCCACCCAGGACGUACGCUACGAGUUCUCACUGCUCAACGUGGGUGCCAGCUGUGACGUCAUCCAUGGCCCGCUGUACUCGUGCCUGCGUGCCCUCUUCGGCUUAUCUGUCAUCGGCAUCCUGGUGUCCAUCUUCUCGUGCAUGUUAGUGUACCAACUGCUGAGCCAUGAGAAGAAAAAGAUGUAUUGGGAACAGCUGGAACACCGUCGUCGGCUGUUAUACCGACGUGCUCCAGCUCCGAAUGCAUGUUCGUGCUGUGACGACUAUGGCUUUGUUCCACCGUCUGAACUGUAUCCGUGGGCUCCAUGGGACACCCUCGAUGACAGAUACUGGGCUGGUGGGCACUUAUACACUCCUGGUGCUGAAGACUCCUCCAAUGCCUCCCGCUCAGUCCUUCUUGGAACAACCACCACACCCCAGGGGCAAGGACCACUUUGGCUCCCAUGGGGUGGUGCCUGGGGUGCACACAGUGGAGCAGCACCACAACAAAACCAACAACAUCAGCAACAGCAGGCCACUACCCCAGGAGAUCCAAGUGGAGUUGCAACAGGUAUUGGAUCGACAGAAAACAAUCCAAAUGAAGACACCAGGGCACAGGUGACAGGAGUACUUCUCCGUCCCUUCCUCCCUCGAGGUUUGGAAAAUCGACUGGGUCUUCGUCGGCAGCACCCACCAGGUCCUCAGAGUAGACGACCAUUGUCAGACCCAGGUGUGGUGCUACAGCUGCCUCGCUACCCUCCUGCUUUUACUGAGGCCUAUCUGCCUCCCAUGGCUUACCAGGAGGCAUUCCCUCGUUACAUGUGGGGACCGCCACCACCUUACUCCCAACCCACUUCUUCAGAGAAUUUGGCCAUGCAAAUGUCACCCCACCAUCAUCCAAACUCUCCAACCUCACCUCAGGGGUUGCAUGGGUUAAUGGCACAAGCAUUAAGGUCCUCCCCUGCACACCGUCCUGCCACUUUGGCUGACUUGAUGCAUGGUCCUGCAAGUCCCACCAGCAACACCUUAUCUUCUCCCAGUGAUGACUCAGAGAUCAUGAGCUCCCCAUCCCAAAAUCAACGGGUGACUCGAGGGCGGCACAAGGGCAGUCCUGGUGAUCAAGGAGGAACAUUAGGUGGAUCCAGUUCUCUCCCUUCCCGUCACCGUUCACGUAGACUACCCAUAGGACACGUCAAAUCAUUGGGAGAUGUUAAUGAGCACAAGCAUGAUGAACCUCUGGAAGUGCUAUUCUGUGAUGGAAAAGACAUUGCUCCAUUGGAUAAAUUUCAGUCUCAAGCUGAUGUGCCUCGUGAUACAUACCGCAGCAAACACAUCAAGAGUAUCAGUGAUCCUAAGGUGGUAUACACAACUGGCAAAAAUGAGCAAGAAUCCGAGCUGUACUUUGCUGAUGUUUCAUCGUGCAUCUCUGUAAGGCAGGAUGGAGAUGAAAUGCUGUAUUACUCAGAACCUACCAGCUCUGCUAGCCAGAACACACCUUCUCCUACUGAUAAGGAGGCCCUGGAUGCCACGGUUAACCAUACCUAUGAACAAGUACGUGAGAAAGACGAUGAUAGCUCCCAUCAUGCCUCUGAUGAUACUAUGAUUGUGCACACUUCAUCUUCUGAUCACAGUCUUGCUGCUGAGACAGAAAAUACAUACAGUGUGGUGUCACCUCUCACAGACAUGUCAAGCACCUCCCCUAUGAUCACUGAUACAGAUGCUUAUUCCUGCUACACACCUACCACAUCAGGGCCCUCACCCUCAUCACCUAGCCAGAGAGACAACACUCCCUCUACACCCCAGACCACAUAUAACCAUAAUCUUUCUCUUCAUUCCAUCCGGCAACUCCACCCACUUCAUCCUUUACACCCAUUACACCACAUUCGUCACAUACAUCCAAGUGGCAGAUCUCACCUUAACGACAAUGAGUCCAUUCCACCACAGCUCAGUGACUGUCCUGAGGGAGAACUUGAGACAGAACACUGUUAUGAGACACUACCAGGAUGCACUGAUGACCCUGCUACUUCCACAGGCUCUCCAACCUCAACUUCAGAGCCUUGUCAGGAGGGCACCACACAUUCAGCAGAUGCUUCAGACCUCAAUGGAAAUGUGACAUUGACUGAAGCUGUUGUACAUAUGGGUCCCCCCGUGAUGGAUGGUUCAGUGUCAGGCAGCCAGACCUCUCGGGCAUCAAGGGCCAACCUUUCCCUGCCCCUUCGUCGGGUUCUUUCUUCUUCCAGUACUAACACUGAGGAGGUUGCUGAAGACUCCCCAACUCAGGACUCUGAAAUGGUACCUGUAGACCAGAACCGCAGUUCAGGAGGGCGACGUGGAGCUACAGGAGGAGGAGAACGCCUCUCCUAUCAUAGCUCAGAACCAAACACUCCUGCUGAAAGAAGAAUACAUUCGGUACAAGAUCUUCUAUUUACACUUAAAUCUGUUAAUGUGUAGGUGAGUGACAGCUGAUCACUGAAUAUGAUCCAGCACAGCUCAGAAUCCAUUACUUCAAAAGAAUGUACUCGGUACAAGAUGUACAAGAUUUUCAUUUUACACUUAACCUGUUAAUGUUUAGGCAAGUGAAAGCUGAACACUUUGUACAGUCUAUACGAAGAGUACCUUGCAGUAGUCAUCAUGAUACCUAAUAAUGCCGGUAUUCAAAGUGAUUCACUUCUGUGUGAUUCUAAACAAGUCAAUGUCAUUAGAAUAAGAAGUUUCUAAUAAACUUUGUGUGUGUGUGUGUGUGUGUGUGUGUGUGUGUGUGUGUGUGUGUGUGUGUGUGUUAGUGAAAUAUGUGAGAAUUACUCUAUGCAAAUACUUACAUUCUCAUUGAGGUCUAGAGAAACAGUUCCAUUAUCAUGACGGAUGGGAACCAUGUGACCUCGGCUGCAACAGCAGGUCUCUGGCAAUGGGAAUAUGACAAAUGAGAUGUGUUGAGUGCCACUACCACUAUAGUUGAAGUGACAUGAUGGCCUAUGAGCAACUACCUCCUGCAGCAUGAUCACCAACCCCCGGCUACUAGCCAGAAUUGCAGAGGCAUCUCGUAAGUGGAAUACUCUCCCAUGGUUACUAAAUUGCAUCUGCUUUGCUCUAAGGAUGAACAUGGAAGAACUUGAAGGUUGCCAGGAGAGAGCAACAUUUCCAUUCUCUCUCAUACAAUACUAUUUUUUCUAAAGCUAGUGUUUCACAUGAAGAGCAGUGGGACAACUGGAGGUUUCAUGGCAAGGUAGGUUUCAUUAGGUUAGCUGAGGCCUCAGCUGUUGUCUAAAUCCAUGCCAGCACAUUUAAAGCUUGACCAAUGCCUUCAUUUGUAUAUUUAAAAAAUUGGACAGAAACUGUCAGGCCAGUUCAGCAAUAUUGUAAGCACUGACAUUCUUCCUGUUAUUAAUUUUAUUAAUUUUCAAAAGUGCACAAAUCCAUGAUACAUAAUGAUGUGUAUGUAGCUCAACCAGGUGUUCCUGACAUGCCUUUUUGAUGCCAAUCAAGGCCAAUCACAUAAGCAGUGGUGAGCAGGAAUGCUGGUCUUUAUCUUUUACUUGGUGUUUUUUUUUAAUGAAAUGAGUCCCUUCUGGUGACAAGGUAUGGUUUUCACAGACUCAUAAGUAUCAGAUCCUACUUCCCUUUCAGUGGGCAGUUCCCAUUCAUAGAAGGCAGACAUGUACACAUAAGUUCAUUUUCAAAGUGCACCUGUGAUAACAUGCCAAAAGUACUCACUGCCAUUUCUUGAGGGCAAGAGGCUGAGGGGAUGAAGGCUAAAGGGCACACCUUGGCAUAAAUUGAACCCAGCUUUCACCUGAUGAGCAGUUUCAUGCUACAACACCAAUCUUGAUUGCUUUUUUACUUGCUUAAUGUGUAAAUUGAUGAUCCCUUCUUUGAGAAUGCCCCAUUAUGUUCCAUUUUGUCCCAUAGGAGUGCUAUGUUACAGUGGUCAGUGGGUGGCACUGAUGUUAGUGCAAUAUGUUUGCAAUUUGUAUAAGAAUAUAAUUCAACAGUGUUAACUAAGGGCAUUAUUGUUAGCAUUUAUUGUGGUGUAAUAUUUAUUAAGGCAAGAUGUUGCCAUAUUUUGUAUCAUUGCAUCAUGCAAAGCUUUUUAGAAGGGUCACUGUCAAAGUCUUGUGUAAGAAAACAAAUUCUCUUCUUUCUCAAGACAAGAUUAAGGAAAUAUAAGACUUAUAUUCAAUAAACUUGUGUAUAUGAGUGAGAAGUAGCCCAGUGUAGGGUGGCACUAGUUUUUAAGGCUCACAACGCUCAGGUUGAUGUUGUCCAUAUCUCAUGUCAGUGACAAGGAUUGUUAAAUUUAAGUCAGUGAUAGAAAGAAUGAAAGUGAAAAUGUAUCACCGCAGCUGAUUUUCAGAAUUUAAUGAAAUAUUUUUUUACAGAACUCAAAACCGCUCACUAUAUAAGCUAUUUAAAAAGAUAAAAUUAACAUGAUUUGAUAUUGUAUGUGUUCCACAAACUAACUCUUUUUGUCACAAUGAAGUGCAUACAGGUAGGAGAGGAGCUCAUGGCACACAGGCUGUUACAUAUCUUUUUAUACUUACAGUCAAUGCACUUCAUAAAGAUCAGUGUGUAAAAUCCUUAAGGUUCUCUGCAAGAUUGACGUUUUUUUAGUUUGUUCUAUUUGUCUAUGUUGGCUAUGUUGUUGUUGUUGUUGUUAUUAUCAUUAUUACUAUUAUUAUUAUUAUUAUUAUUAUUAUUGUUAUUAUUAUUAUUAUUAUUAUUAUUAUUAUUAUUAUUAUUGUUAUUAUUAUUAUUAUUAUUAUUAUUAUUAUUAUUAUUAUUAUUGUUAUUCUUCUUCUUCUUCUUCUUCUUCUUAUUAUUAUUAUUAUUAUUAUUAUUAUUAUUAUUAUUAUUAUUAAAUUAUUGUCUUAUUGUUAAUGUUAUUUGUUAUAAUUAGUAUGGUUACUAUUGUUGUUGAUAUCUUUCUUCAUAUACUAUAUAGUAAUGAAAAUAGUAAUAAUACUACUACUACUACUACUGCUACUAAUAAUAAUAAUAAUAUCCAUUAUUAUUAUUAUU